CAUGUCUGCCUCUUAAAACUUUAAAUUUUUUAUUAUAUGAUAUAUGUGAUAUAGGGAAAGCUACAACAGAAGCAAGGAGAGCACUUGUUGUAUUAUUAUUAAUAGUCGUAAAAAGGGCUAAAUGAGGGCAGAUCGUGGAAUGGAGCUGCCAGAGGAUUUCUGGAUACCGGUCACCCUGGACACCAACAACAUCACAUCACUCAGUCCCUUCUUGGUUCCUCAGGACCACUUGGGGGGCUCGGCCACCUUCUACGCCAUGGCGGGAUUCAUGUUCUUCGUAUUCACGGUUGGCACGAGCAUUAACACCCUCACCAUUGCGUGCACCAUCCAAUACAAGAAGCUCCGUUCCCACCUCAACUACAUCCUGGUGAACUUGGCCAUGGCAAACCUUCUUGUGUCCUGUGUGGGCUCCUUCACUGCGUGCUGCUCCUUUGCAAACAGAUAUUUCAUCUUUGGACCGCUAGCAUGCAAGAUUGAAGGUUUUAUGGCGACGCUUGGCGGCAUGGUAAGCCUGUGGUCUCUCGCUGUGAUAGCUUUUGAAAGAUGGCUGGUCAUCUGCAAGCCACUUGGAAACUUUGUUUUCAAGCCCGACCAUGCUUUAGCUUGUUGUGCAUUCACCUGGGUGUUUGCACUGAUCGCCUCAGUUCCUCCACUGGUCGGAUGGAGUAGGUACAUCCCAGAAGGCCUGCAGUGCUCCUGUGGUCCAGACUGGUACACCACAAACAACAAAUACAACAAUGAAUCCUACGUGAUGUUUCUCUUCUGCUUCUGCUUUGCGGUUCCCUUCGCCACCAUCGUCUUCUGCUACACCCAGCUCCUCAUCACAAUGAAAAUGGCAGCGAAGGCCCAAGCUGAGUCUGCCUCCACCCAGAAAGCAGAGCGGGAGGUGACCAGGAUGGUGGUCCUCAUGGUGAUGGGCUUCCUGGUGUGCUGGUUGCCGUACGCCUCCUUCGCUCUUUGGGUUGUGACUAACCGCGGGCACACGUUCGACCUGAGACUGGCGACGAUACCUUCCUGCCUCUCGAAGGGCUCUGCAGUCUACAACCCUGUUAUCUAUGUUCUCUUCAAUAAACAGUUCCGUUCGUGCAUGAUGACGAUGCUGGGGAUGGGCGGAGUUGAGGAGGAAUCCUCAGCAUCACAAUCAGUGACUGAAGUCUCCAAAGUUGAACCUGCUUAGACAGAACACCGAGACUAAUGCAACUAAUGAUUGUGAAUUAUAAAUAAUAAUGAAUGCACGUGUGUAUAUGCAAUGCUGCUAUUCAAGUAAGAGAUCAUAUAUAAUCUGCAAAGUGAAAAGUAAAUAAAAAAAUACAAACAUGUACUGUAUGGUGUAGGGACCCAGCAAAAUGGGUCCCUACAGCUCUCUCUCUCUCUCUCUCUCUCUCUCUCUCUCUCUCUCUCUCUCACACACACACACACACUUUGUUUGGUUUGUUUAGUUUAGUUAUUUAGUUAGAUUAAUAUUGUGUUUUAAAUCUUUAUU